CUCCAAAUGCAUGUUGUCUUUAAUUAAUUGAGUGUCUUCUGGAGAGCGAGGUGAGGGAGACAGGCAGAGAACAGCUAUAGCUACACAAUUAAAAUACAAACCAAGGCUGCUGAGUUUACUGAAUGCAAGUGCUGAAGUGACUAAUAAGCUUUUUUGUGGUUAAUGUUUUGCUCUGAGAACAGAUCUAGGAGCAGAGAUGGAGGGCAUGGAUUUUGAGGAUGAGAAGUCCAAGAAGUACUGCAUGAAGAAAAAGCAUGUGGCUAUCAUCUGUGGAGUCGUGGUUGUUGUAGGACUUGCUGUGGGGCUUGGUGUGGGAUUGAGCAGACCUAAAGCUUCAGAGGCAACAGAGCAACAACCAACACCAGAUCAGACGACAACAACUACAACAACGACAACAACAACAUCAACGACAACAACGACAACAACGGAACAGCCUCCUCCCCCAGUGGAUUUGGGUCCCUGUCCUUCCAAGAAUGAUGACACUGGAGACUGGACAGAGUUUAGGCUGCCCACUUAUGUCAAGCCUGUCCACUAUGAUCUGGAAAUCAAGCCUGAAAUGGAGCAAGACACUUACAGUGGGACAGUCAGUAUAUCUAUAGUUUUGGAAAAACCAACCAGCUCCCUGUGGCUUCACCUGCGAGACACCAAGGUUACAGAAAUACCCACACUCUGGAAAUCCUCAGGACAGCAGAUUGCUCUGAAUGACUGCUUUGAGUACAAGCCACAAGAAUACAUUGUGAUGAAGGCAGCAGCAGAGCUCCCUGUUACUGGUGAAAAUGAUCCCUAUGUGCUCACGCUGAAGUUUCAAGGCUGGCUGAAUGGUUCGCUGGUUGGGUUUUAUAGGACCACCUAUACUGAGAAUGGACAGAUCAAGAGCAUUGCAGCUACUGAUCAUGAGCCAACAGAUGCGCGGAAAUCAUUUCCCUGCUUUGACGAGCCAAACAAAAAGGCAACCUACACCAUAUCCAUCAUCCAUCCAGAUGUGUACCAAGCACUUUCAAACAUGCCAGUAGAGCAAACUGUACCAGUUGGUGAUGGCUGGAAUCGAACAACUUUUAAGAAGUCAGUCCCCAUGAGCACUUACUUGGUAUGCUUUGCAGUGCACCAGUUUACCUGGGUAGAGAGGACAUCUGCAAGUGGAAAACCUCUGAGAGUUUACGCCCAGCCACAGCAAAUACACACGGCAGAAUAUGCAGCAAAUGUAACAAAAACUGUAUUCGACUUCUUUGAAGAGUACUUUAAUUUGAACUACUCUCUUCCAAAACUGGAUAAAAUAGCUAUUCCAGAUUUUGGGACGGGUGCUAUGGAGAACUGGGGGCUGAUCACAUACCGAGAAACAAACCUGCUGUAUGAUCCUGCGGAGUCAGCCACAUCCAACAAGCAGAGAGUAGCUGCUGUGAUAGCCCAUGAGCUCGUUCAUCAGUGGUUUGGAAAUAUUGUGACCAUGGACUGGUGGGAUGACUUGUGGCUAAAUGAAGGAUUUGCCAGUUAUUUUGAGUUCCUGGGAGUAAAUGCAACAGAACCAGACUGGGAAAUGCCUGAACAGGUUUUAAUUGAGGAUGUGCUUCCUGUACUGAUGGAUGACUCUUUGCUCUCUUCGCACCCAAUUGUAACCAAUGUGUCAUCUCCAGCUGAAAUCACCUCUGUGUUUGAUGGGAUAUCCUACAGUAAGGGUGCAUCAAUCCUCAGAAUGAUUCAAGACUGGAUUACACCAGAGCUCUUCCAAAAAGGCUGUCAGGCAUAUUUGAAGAAAUACUAUUUCCAGAAUGCCAAGACAGAACAUUUCUGGGAAGCUCUGGAAGAGGCAAGUAAUAAACCUGUGAAGGAAGUCAUGGACACCUGGACUAGGCAGAUGGGAUACCCUGUUUUGGAGAUGGGAGAUAAUUCAAUAUUCACACAGAAACGUUUUCUUUUGGAUCCCAGUGCAAAUGCUUCUCAUCCUCCUUCUGAUCUUGGUUACAAAUGGAAUAUACCAGUCAAAUUUAAGCGUGGUGAUACAUCAAAUUAUACUUUCUACAAUGCAUCAGAUUCUACAGGAAUUCAAAUACCAUCUUCUACUGAUACUUUUGUGAAUGUUAAUCCAGACCACAUUGGAUUCUUCCGAGUGAAUUAUGAUAGUCAAAACUGGGCCAGCUUAAGCAAUCUUCUGCUCCAAAACCACAUAAUGUUUUCACCUGCUGAUCGCGCAGGGAUUUUGGAUGACGCUUUUUCUUUAGCGAGACCUGGACUUGUGAAUUACGCUGUUCCCCUGGAACUCACAAAAUACCUAGGAAAGGAAACAGAUUAUUUGCCUUGGAAUAGAGCUAUAUCAGCUGUAACUUAUCUUGCAAACAUGCUCGAAGAUGAUAAAACUCUCUAUCCCCUGUUUCAGCAAUAUUUUCGUAAUCUGGUAAAACCAACUGUGGAAGAAUUGGGCUGGGACGAUUCUGGAGACCAUUUGCAGAGGCUUCUUCGUGCAUCUGUUCUAGACUUUGCCUGCAGUAUGAAUGACUCAGAAUCUUUGAACAAUGCUUCUCGGCUUUUCAAUAGGUGGUUACAAGGAGAAACUAUUCCUGCAAAUCUCCGACUUAUAGUAUAUCGCUAUGGGAUGCAGAACUCAGGCAAUGAGACAUCAUGGAAUUACAUGUUCGACAAAUACCAAGAAACUUCAUUAGCCCAAGAAAAAGAAAAGUUGCUAUAUGGCCUGGCAUCAGUGACGAACAUCACCCUUUUGGACAGAUAUCUGAAAUAUAUUUACAACACCAGCCUCAUCAAAAGCCAAGAUGUGUUCACGGUCCUGAGAUACAUCUCAUAUAACACCUAUGGGAAAACAAUGGCCUGGGACUGGGUACGACUGAACUGGCAGUACUUAGUUGACAGAUUCACUAUAAAUGACAGAUAUCUUGGUCGAAUAGUAACUAUUGCCCAAACCUUCAACACUGAGCUCCAGCUUUGGCAGGUGGAAAAUUUCUUUGAAAAAUAUCCUAAUGCUGGGGCAGGAGAAAUGCCCAGGAGUCAGACACUGGAGCAAGUGAAGAGCAACAUCGAAUGGCUGAAAGAAAAUAAGGAGGAAAUACAAUCAUGGGUGGAAAGCGCAGUAGGGCUUCAAAGUCUUACUUUGUGAAAAAGAUCAGGCACUCAGAUCUUCAAAGAUGUUUACCAAUGUGGAUUUCUCACCUAGCUACCUUACUAAGACCUAAUAUUUUUUUCUACAAACACUCAGGAGACCACUGCCAGAGCAAUGUUGGUGUAGUUGCUUAGCAAGAAUAGCUUGAGAGCUGAAUUUGCCUGAACAAACAGGACAAAGGUUUAAAGUCAUUCAAAGCAGAAGUGAUGGCACAACUGGUGUCCUUGCUGAUCACUCUGGACUCACUCCUUAUGCACGCCACUCUGCAAAGCUACUUCUUGGUUUGCACAGAAGUAUGUCUAGUAUACUCAGGGAUUCCUUUCCAAGUGCACCUCAUAGAAG